GCACGCCUGCGGCGAGGCGCGGAGCUGACUGGGGGCCCGGCUUUCGCCCGCUGCUGCUCCCGCCGCCGCCGCCGCCGGCCGCGGCUGCUCUCCCAAGAUGGCGGCUCCUCCGGGCGAGUACUUCAGCGUCGGGAGCCAGGUGUCGUGCCGGACGUGCCAGGAGCAGCGGCUGCAGGGCGAGGUGGUAGCCUUCGACUACCAGUCCAAGAUGCUGGCUUUAAAAUGUCCCUCUUCCAGUGGAAAGCCCAACCAUGCCGACAUCCUGCUCAUAAACUUACAGUAUGUUUCAGAAGUGGAAAUAAUUAACGACCGGACAGAAACUCCUCCUCCCCUAGCUUCACUCAAUGUUAGUAAGCUCGCCAGCAAAGCGCGGACGGAGAAGGAGGAGAAGCUGAGCCAGGCCUAUGCAAUCAGUGCUGGCGUCUCCCUUGAGGGCCAGCAGCUCUUCCAGACCAUCCACAAGACCAUUAAAGACUGUAAAUGGCAAGAAAAAAACAUCGUAGUCAUGGAAGAAGUUGUUAUUACGCCCCCCUAUCAGGUGGAAAACUGUAAAGGCAAAGAGGGGAGCGCACUGAGCCAUGUACGCAAAAUAGUGGAAAAACAUUUUAGAGACGUGGAAAGCCAAAAGAUCCUGCAGCGCUCACAAGCCCAGCAGCCACAGAAGGAGGCGGCCCUGUCGUCCUGAGGCCACGCGUCGGGGACCUCAGCACCCAGUGUGGCGGCGGCUCACGGAGGAAGGCGGGGAGGGGAGGGACCCCAAGUUUCCUGCUGGCUCCCGCCCCCCAGGGGCCAGCGCGUCCAGUCUUAGACUUGAACAGACAAACGCCCAACAAAAGCGCACGGAGGUCAUUUACCGUCGAACCAGUACCUGGCUAACAGACUCCGCCCGCCAUGCCCUGUCACAGCCCCUCUCCGACAGUCACCUUGUUAGUUUUAUUUUCGAAGGCCCCUUGCCCGCUCUGGCCGCUCACUUCCUUCUCUCCUGCCCAACUCUCUUCCUGCCGUUCUGUUUUUAUAAGUGGCGCCAGUCGCCUUCCGAGUAAUUGAAAGAAACUUUUACAUCUUCUCUUCCAAAAUAAAAGUAACAAGCUGACUGUGA